AUGCUUGGAUCACCACGUUUCCUUCUUCUCGCGCUUGGUCUCCUAGUUUUAGUGUUGGCUGAGAGCUCCGUAGAACAACAAGUUCAAGAUCAAACUGACUUGGACAAAUCAGGAGAACAAUUGUCGGAAGAGGACAUAAUCGAAGAACAGAAACGCAGCCCGAUGGAACGCUCCUCAAUGGUUCGGUUCGGAAGAUCUCCGAUGGAACGGUCGUCAAUGGUCAGAUUUGGAAAACGAUCCCCAAUGGAGCGCUCGGCCAUGGUCCGUUUCGGGAAGCGAUCUCCAAUGGACCGUUCGGCAAUGGUUCGCUUUGGAAAACGAUUGCCGAGUGACCGGUCUUCCAUGGUCCGUCUUGGAAAGCGGUCCCCAAUGGAUCGGUCCGCUAUGGUCCGAUUCGGAAAGCGAUCUCCAAUGGAUCGAUCCGCCAUGGUUCGCUUCGGAAGAUCCUCUAUCGAUCGUGCAUCAAUGGUCAGACUCGGUAAACGAACUCCAAUCCAACGUUCCUCAAUGGUCCGAUUCGGCAAGCGCUCGGCAGACGAGACUGAGAACACCAAUGAAUAA